AUGGCCACUGCGGUUUGCACUUCGACCUAUGUUAACGACCAUCACGAUGUGAAAGCGCUCGUUAAUUAUCUGCCGGUGGACAAGAAGGACUUCGGUCCCGAUGACAUGCCCGCACCCAAGAAAUUUGGCGACUUCAUCGAGUCGAGCAGGUACAUGACAUUCCACAAUGCCAGAGGCAAGGAGGAUUCAUUCAAGCUGGACAGGAACGGCUUUGAGAUCGUCACGCUCCCGGAAAAGGAGCGGGACAUCUCCACCGACGACAAGAUCAAGGAGGAGUUCUACCCCGAGUUGAUAGAAGUCAUCAAGAAGAGGACGGGCGCCUCGACUGUUGUGCCGUUCGCCCACGUCCUCCGCCGGACCGAGAACACGUUUUUCGCGGAGGCCGUGGACUCGGAGCGCUACAACCGCUUCUCUACUGUGUGGCCGCACAGUGACUUCUCCGUCGUGUACCCAGAGCGGCUGCCUUUUCUGAAAGACGCCAUCCUUAACUAUGAUGGCAUCCCCGAAGACAGACGAGAUGAGCUGAAAGAGGCCGCGAAGACUGCCUCGCGGUGGGCCUUUGUGCAGAUGUGGAAGCCACUCAAGAAGCUGGAGCGCGACCCUCUUGCGCUCUGCGACUCGACAACUCUCAGCACUGGUGAUUGGAGGUUUCGCCAGGCCGAGGAUCCAAACAUCUCGUACUCUCUCCUGGCUCACCCUGAGGAGGAGGAGAAGCAUGCGUGGUACUACGUCCAUGAGAUGAAGCCGAACGAGAUGUUUGUGUUCAAGGGGUGCGACAGCAGGCAGGGCGAGCCUGGGUUCACCGGGUAUGCCGGGGCGCACACGGCGAUUGUGCUCCCUGAUUCCCAGGACAAGCCCCCUAGAGAGAGCAUCGAGGCACGGUUCUUCUGUCUCUGGGAGUGA